AUGAGCAUAACAUAUGCCGCGCGCAUGUCGUUUUACCGGCUCAAGCAGUUCCAGUGCGAGGUGACGGGCAAGAGUGGUUUGGACUACUUCCAGGCACUCGAGAGUGAGCAACAAGAAGCUAGAACAAUGCAUACCAGGUUCCCCGAGCCUUUGAAGUCCGCCAUCCUUCGAGCCGUUCAAUGGCAGGUGAUGGGACGUCUGGACCAUCUGGUUGAAGCCGUGUAUGAACGCUUCAAAGACCGCUACUUCCGUGACGAGAAAAUAUAUAUUGAUAUUCAAGGAGACAAGUUCUUUGCUCGUGUCUUGGAAGUCUUUCCUCCGCGUCCCAAUGCUGUCUCGUUCCUGGUCAAUCCAGAUUCUCAUGAGGGCCCCAUUGCUUCUACUUCUUCACAACCACACAAGAAAAGUCCUACUGGGCUGGCGCAUCAAAUUUACGGCGACCUCAAAAUUGCUGCUGCAGUUGUCAAUGCCGCCGAUGAUCCUGCGAAAUACUAUUACAGAGUGCAGAUUUUAGAGGAAGAGAAGCCCGAGGGGCGCGACAAACACGGUGCGUCCGCGAAAGAAGCCCGCGCGCGAUACAGUGGCAGCUUUUUGGAUGUCCAAUGCUCUCAGAUGAGCCGUGACCGUCUUGCAUUCUCUAAGAGCAUCCUUCGUCGAUUUAUUCGCGAUUGCGUGGAUCGUGAUGCGGCGGUAGCAUCGCCCUGGACUGUGAAGCCCCCCGUUGCACUCCGGUAUGGCGUCGACACCAUCAUGCCUGAAGCAACUCGUCAGGGCGUCGAGAAUAUCAAAAAGGGCGAGAUACAAAAGCGAAAGAAGUCAUAUACAGCCAAAAAUGCGGCAUUGGUAGCUGAGCAAAAGGAGCGAGAAGCAAAAGAGAGAGCCGCAAAAGCUCUCAAAGCCAAAGAGGAUGCUGAACGUUUGGCGGCCGAAAAGAAAAAGAAGAAGCCUAUCAGGUAUCCUACCGAAGACUUGGACGUCACACUCUCAGAAAAAGAGAAGAAGGCAGGUAUGAAGAUCAAACGACCGGUACCUAGCCGCGUUGCUCUGCCAUUCAACAAUACUCCCGGAACGUUCGAGUCCAUGCUGAUGACUUGGAAUUUCUUGAUGGUGUACGGCCAUCCAUUACACCUCUCAACCUUCACUUUGGACGAAUUUGAACACGCGCUACGCCAUUCCGUCGCUGAACCACCAUGUCAGAUCCUCGCCGAGAUUCAUUCUACCCUUAUAUACAACCUCCGAACAGUGACUUUCCAACGUCACAGUGCGGUAUUAUCACUUAUGGAGGACGAAGAAGAUGGUGGUGGCGAGGAUUUGGGCGUGACGAUCGAGCAAUUGACAGCCGCUAUGGUUGACAUAGGCAAUAACUGGGAGAGGGCUCCCCUCCGACAUGGCGAUGGCAGAGAAGGCUGGGAGGAGUCGUUGGUUGGGUGUCUCAAAGACCAUGCCAACCUAGAAAAUUUCCCCACCCUCCGACGGGUCCUCACUCGGCUCCUCUUUGCACCUGAUACACUACUGGAAACACCUAGUUCACCCUCAACAUCACGAGCGUCAACCCCAACUCCCGUUCGAUUAAGUCACGCUUCAACACCAGGGGCCAGAUAUCACACUCUACCACCGGAAGAUAGGAUAGCCAUAUUGCACUUCAUGUGUAAUAUUGCUGUGUCCAGCAAGGCCAUCCACGCUUAUAUGGAGACUUGUGAGGAGCAACUGACUGCCUUGAGGAAAGAGAAGAUCGAAGUAAACCGCCAGAGAAAGCAAUAUAUCGAGGAUCGCGAUACGCUGCUUAACGGGACAAAGGAAGAGGAACAGACACCCAAUGGAGAGCCUGACGACACGCCCAUGGGUGACAUGAGCGAGCUCUCCGAUAUAUCAGCCUCUGAAGGUGCAUCCGAAUCUGGGUCUGGGAUUGUCAAACACUCCAAGUCCAAAGACCUCAGACGUAAAGCGCAGGGCCUAGCGCAUGCCAAACAACGAGAGGCUGCACGAGCACGGAACGCGUCAGUUCGACAAGCCCUAGCUGAGCAUCGUCGCCUUGAUGAGGAAGUCAAUAAACUCGAACGGCGGCUGGAGGGAAUUGAACGGGAGUUCAGAAAACUGUUGGGAUCAAUUCGUGCCAAGCCCAUGGGUAGAGAUCGCUUUUACAACAGGAUUUGGUGGUUCGAUGGCAUGGGUUCGGCUUCUCUCUUGGGCAGCGGGGGAAUCGUUCAGUAUGGUACAGGACGAUUGUUUGUCCAGGGUCCAAGUGUUUUCGAUCAAGACAUUCUGAACAGACGGUUGGAUGUCAAUGUCAAAGAGCGACGGUUACAAGAAGAAGGAGAGGAGGGCAUGUUGGGUAUUGGAGAGUGGGCGGUGUACACUGACUUGGAGGAAGUGGAUGAUUUCGCUGCUUGGCUGAACCCUAAAGGAAAUCGCGAAUCUGCACUCAAGAACACUCUGACAAAAUGGUGGCCGCACAUCGCUCCCGGGAUUCGGAAACGUCUGGUGGACUUGAACAAUACUGCCAAACUGCCCGAGGCACGGCGAAGUACUCGUGUUAAGCAGUCCGGAACCGAUAUAUCGCGGGACCCAUAUAUGCUCUGGACAAACCGCCGAGCUGUGAAUUCGUCAUGACUAACUUACGAAACCUUCAUGAUAUUUCUCCAAUCCCUUCCUCGCUAUUCUGUUGUUGCUUCUUGUUUGUACGCCUGCACGACUUCAUUAUUAUCAAUACGUUCAGGGCAUUGUUUAACGUCGAGACACGCAUCCUGUCGCACCUCUAGAGUUUGUUUUGACAUACUAUGUAGCUCUGUGCCUUCGAGCUAUAUCUGUUGGUUUCAGGCGU